AUGAAUGAAAAAACUAAAGAGAAAGAAAAAAUAAUGAAAAAGGCUAGACAUAAAGAUAAAAAUGAAAAAGAAUCUACUGCUAGCAAUAAAUUUAUGAAUAUAAAAAAAAAAUAUAUAGAUGGCACAAAUGAAAAAUGGAUGAAUGUAAAAGAAACAACAGUUAAUAUAAAAAAUAAUUUAUCUGAUAUAGAAAAUAACAAAAAUGUAUGCGUAGUUAAAGAUAAUAAUAAUAAUAAUCAAUGCCCUAAUGAAAUAUAUCACAAUGAAAACGUAACCAAAAAUUACAUUGUUGAUAAAAAAAAUAUAUUAAGCGAUAACAGUAAUUUCUCAAAAAUAGAAAGUAAGAGUUCAUUUAAUGUGAAUUCGCUACGAACAUCAGGUUAUAAUAACAGGAUUAGUAACAGUAAUAAGAACAGUAAUAGUGAUAGCAGUAAUAGUGAUAACAGUAAUAACAACAAUAGUUACAGCUGUAGUUAUAAUAUUAGUAAUAACUAUAAUAAUAACAAUAGUAUCAGCAAUAGUAAUAACAACAGUAUUAGCAACAAUAACAACAACAGCGACAGUAACAGUUACAGCAACAGCAGUAGUAACAACAAUAAGGAUGAUAAUUACAAAAGCAAAUUAAACGACUAUGAUAAAAAGGGGAAAGAAAUGAAUAAAAACGCAAUGUUAACAACAGAAAAUAAGAAAUGUGCAAAAUCAAAUAUGAAGAUAGAAACUGAUACAAAAAAAAAGAAACUAGUUGAUACAAAUAACAAUAAAAAUGUUUUAACUGAAAAAAAUGAAACCAAAAAUAGAAUUGUAAAAUGUAAGAAAGUGAUAAAGAAUAACAAAAAUAAGAAGAAAAACAUAUCACCUAAAAUUUUAGAAAUAAACAAAAGAUUUAUAUGUAAUUUUUCUGAUGAUUCUAUUAAUUUUGGAAAAAGUAAUAAAAAUAUAUUUUUAAAAAGUGUAAUAAAUGAUAAUAAAAAGCCCAAUACUGAUGUUAAUAACUCGAAAACGAGUAGUUUUUUUAGUUGUAAAUCUUUACAAAAUGUAAAUUCGAAUCAUUCAAGAAAAAUUAAUAAUUGCCCUAUUUUAUCUAAUAAUUUGUUGGACAAACAUUUUGAAUGCAAUAAAAAAAAUCAAAAAAAUAAAAAUUUUACUAAUAAUAGUGAUAAUAAAAUUUACAGUUGUGUUUACAAUUGUGAUAUAAGUAAUGAAAGGAAUUCAUAUUCCGAUACUUAUGUAAUUUAUUCUCCCAAAAAGCAUGUAAGAAAAAAAAAAAACAUUUAUAACAUAUUAUUUUAUGAUGAAUGUUUUAAGGAAUAUCAAGGUAACACUGAAAAUAAUGUACCAGUUAAUAAUUUAUCCAAAAUAUAUGAAUUAUUUUUUAAUACUUAUAAAAGGAGAAAAUUAAAUAGUGGAAACAAAAAUAAAGAGUCAUCGUUUCUAAGAAAGAAAAAUAACAUGAUUCCAAGUGAAAAUUAUAAUUUAACAUUGAGAAGCAUUCAAACAAGAAAAAAAUUUUAUUUUCAUCUUAGAAAAAAAAAAAAAAAAAUUCGUCCUAUAGCGAAAGGAAAAGGUGUUAUAAAAAAGAAUGCGGAAAAGGAGGAUGUAACAGCAACAACAACAGCAGCGGAAGCAACAUCAGUAGCGGCAUCAGUAGCAGCAUCAGUAGCAGCAUCAGUAGCAGCAUCGGUAGCAGCAUCGGUAGCAGCAUCGGUAGCAGCAGCCUGUCAGUUAUCACAGGGUGAUGAGAAGGUGCAGCUCCAAAAUAUUACCGUAGAUGAUGACACAAAUAAAAUGCUUAGUUGCCCGAAGGAAAAUACGGAAGAAGAAGAAGAAGCUUACAAAAAUGCAAAGGAAAAAAUCCUGAGCAAAUUAGAAAUUAAACAGAGUGAACAAAUCAAUAUUUCUAAUAAUGUAAGCAUUGAUAAAAUUGUAAUGGGAAAAGAAGACGAUGAACCGUACCAAGGUAAAAACAAACAGUUAGAUAACAAUUCAGAGGAAUUAGAGAAAAAUGUACAUGAUUCUAACAAUCUUGUAGAUGAAGUCCCUGAGGGAAAAAUUGGCAUGGGAACUGAUGAAAACCUGGACAAAAAGUUAAAAGAAAAAGAUGCUCAUCAUGAAUUAGAUGGGAGCAUAACGUAUUCGAAAAAUUUGGAUACGAAUGAGAAAAACAAAAUAGAAACAACAGGAGGACCAAAUAAAGAUUUAAAAAUAAUGAGGAAAAAUUUUAUGAAAUAUAAUGAGAUUAUGUUCGAAAAUUUUUAUAAUGAUAUAUUUUUAAGAAUUGGAAAAAUUACUACAAAUAAGAGAAAAAAAUAUUUCUUAACGUAUAAAGUUAUAAAGGAUUCAUAUUUUCGCAUUCUAAUAUUGAAUAAUGAAAAAUUAGAAAAAAAUAUAUUACAAGUAAUAGCUAUACAGGAUGUUAUGCUUUAUGAUAAAAAUGUUAAAAUUUUUAGUGAUUCAAUUUAUAUGAAGAAUAAUAACACGCUUUAUGCUGUAAAGUUUUUAAAGAUUUUUUCUUUAAAAUAUUUUAAAAAAUUAAAAAAAAUAGAUGAAAUAAUAUUUUCCGAUGCGGAAAUAAGUACAGAUGAACAAGUAAAACAGGAAGAGGGUAAGUCACCCGAGUGUCAGUCAACAAGUGAAAAAAAAGGAACUUCAAAUAUGAAAGGUGAAUCGAAUAUUAAGGAGGGCCAGGAACAGCAGCAGGAAUAUGGGGAAAAGGAUUCAAAUGAAAAAACAGCUUCUGUGCAAAAAAUCUCUGAGGAACAUACUUUGCAAAAUGCAUAUUCUAAUAUAGAGAGCCUAGAAAAUAAGAAUUUCAAUGAAGAAGGCGACAAUGUAAAUAAAAGUAAUGAAACUAAGGAAAGUACGCAAAAUAGUGGCAGAAAUAGUAAUAAUAGUGGUGCUAUUAACAAAUGCCAGGAGAGCAAGAAUGACCAAGAGUUAUUGGAGAAUGCAAGCGACAAUCAGGAUAACAGCAAUAGUAGGAAAUUUAAAAAAGUUACAAAAUCCAUUAAUAAGGAAAAAGAUUUUAAAGGAAUGGGAAAUAAACGUAAAAUAAAUAGUAACGUGAAGGAGGAAAAUUCCGCAAUUGAUAGGAAUCCUAAUAGUAAGGAUAAAAAACGAAGGGGUGUUGAUAUGAAUAAUAUGAAAAAAAAAAAAAAUUUUAAGGACUUAUCUAAAAAGAAAAAAGCUAUUGAGUUGAAUAAAAACCAUAAUGAUAAAAAAUAUAAAAAGAGAAAUAAUGUAAAAAUGAGAAAUAAUAAUACAGAUGAUAAGAAUGAUGAUGAAGAGGAAUACAAUUAUACAGGUGUUAUUUAUAAUGACAAAAAGAAAUUUUAUUUUAAUAUUAAGAAAAUUAGUGAUAUUAUUAAUAUAGUAAAAGGUUCAGAAGAGAAAACGAAGUUCUACAUAGAUACAAAUAAUAAUAAUAUGAAGAAAAAAUUAAAACUAUUUAAUAAAGUAGAGAAGACCUUGUUUUUGGAAAAUUUGGUUAUUGAUGAGGAUGAAAUACUUUUUAGAAGACCAAAAUUUUUUAAUUGCAUAAUUGAGGAGGUAUUUGACAGUUACAAUAUUGUGUACGAAACAGAAGAUGGGGCUAUGCAUAUCUUUGAGAAUAAAUUAGACAGAAUAAAGAAGGAGAAAAAAAACAAAUCUGAAGUUGAUUCUUCAGUUAAAUACAUUGAAUUAAAGGAUGAAGAAAAAGGUUUUAAAUAUAUAGGGUAUCGUGUUAGUUUUGAAUUAAAAAAGGAUAAUAAAAAAAAGAGUCAUUUUAAAACAGGAAUAAUAAAAUAUUAUUCCCCAAAAUAUAAUCAAUUUUUUAUACAUCAUAUAGAAAAUUUUAAAUUUAACGGAUUAAAUGAUUCACCAAAAAGUAGCAAUAGAGGAGAUAUUGGUAAUUUAAAGAACAACUUCAAGAGUUCAUCAUUUGUUAAGGCCAAAAAAAAGGAACCUGAUUGGAUUAAAAAUAUGAACAAGUUAGAAUAUUAUAGCGAACAUCACACGGAUGACAAAAACAAAGUUAAUGAACAUGAUGAUGAAAAUAUAUUAUUUACUAAUAAUGAAUGUUGUACUAUUCUAAACGGACAAGAGACAUUUUUGGAUUAUGAUACAAACAUAUAUGAUGAGAAUGAUAAGAAGAAAAUUGAUUUUAUUUUUUCAGAUACAAAGGGGUGGUAUUCUCCUUAUUUUUAUAAUAUAAAAGUAUUACGAACAUAUAAAGAAUUUGAAAGAUUUGAUAUUAUAGACAAGAAUGAUAAAAGGAAAGAAAUGAAUGAUAAUAAUAAUCUAUUAAAAAAAAAUGAUGAAUGUUAUAUUUGUAAGAGGAACAUACAUUUUAUUAAGGGGCAUGAUCAUUAUACAAAUAGUUUAUCUACAACUAUAUAUGAUUUAUGUUCAGACAUGGAAAAAAAAGAAAUUGAUGAAAGUAAUACUAUAAAUAUUUAUUGGGGAAUAAAAUGUUUUAUUUGUUCGAAAAAAUUUCAUGCAAAAUGUUUAGAGGAUGAGGUAAUAAUUACCAAAAUUUUUGAUAAAAAUUUGCUAAUGAAAGAAUACAAAAAGUAUAUCUAUAAACAUAGUUUAAAGAAGGAUAAGAAGAGUUUCAAAAUUGAUAAGGAAAAGGGAUUAAAUAAUAAUAAUGAUAAUAAUAGUAAUGAUAAUAAUAAUAAUGAUAAUUAUAAUAAUAAUAAUAGUAAUAAUAGUAAUAAUAGUAAUAAUAGUAAUAAUAGUAAUAAUAGUAAUAAUAAUAAUAAUAAUAAUGAUAAUACUAAUAGUAAUAGUAAUAGUAAUAACAGCAAUAAUAAUAAUAAUGAUAAUAAUAAUAAUAAUGAUAAUUACAAUAAUAAUAAUAAUAAUAAUAAUAAUAAUAAUAAUAAUAAUAAUAAUAAUAAUAAUAAUAAUAAUAAUAAUAAUAAUAAUAAUAAUAAUAAUAAUAAUAAUAAUAAUAAUAAUAAUAAUAAUAAUAAUAAUAAUAAUAAUAAUAAUAAUAAUAAUAAUAAUAAUAAUAAUAAUAAUAAUAAUAAUAAUAAUAAUAAUAAUAAUAAUAAUAAUAAUAAUAAUAAUAAUAAUAAUAAUAAUAAUAAUAAUAAUAAUAAUAGUAAUAACAGCAAUAAUAAUAAUAAUAAUAAUAACACUAAUAGUAAUAGUAAUAAUAGUAAUAAUAAUAGAAGUAGCAAUAGUAAUAGUAAUGGAAAUAAAAAUAGCGAAAGUAAUAACAGUAAUAAUAAUAGUAGUAAUAGUAAUAAUAAUAAUAAUGAUAAUACUAAUAGUAAUAGUAAUAAUAAUGAUAAUAAAAAUAGUAAUAGUAAUAGUAAUAACAAUAGUAAUAAUAAUAAUAGUAAUAGUAAUAACAAUAAUAACAAAUGUAAGGAAAAGACGAAGAAAAUAAGAAAAAACUUGUAUGAUUAUAAAACAAGUAAAAAGAAAAAUUCCGGUAGUAGUAGAGUUAUUAAUAACACGAACAAUUCAAUCGUUUAUAGCAGAAAUAAUUCUAAUAAUUUUGUUAAUGACUCGUCGAAUGAAAUAAUGAAUAAAGGUAAAAAGGAAAAAUGUUAUAAGGGUAAGAAGAAGAAAUCAAGUAAGGAUAACGAAGUAAAUCAAAGCAGGAGGAGUAGUAAAAAUGAGUUUUUAAAUGAAAAAAAGAAAUAUAGUGAAAACGAAUACAAUAAUAAUAGUGAAGAUAAAGAUCCUAGCAAAAGUGAUGAUAAUAAUAUAAAUAAUGAGACUAACGUUAAUGAUGAAUAUACAGAUACGGAAACAGUAAAUAAUCAAACAAAAUGUAAGAAUAAAAAAUAUAGAAGAUGUAUAAAUUAUAUCCCAUCUGUAAAAUAUAGUGAUAUAACGUAUAAAAAAUAUGUUUGUAAAGAUUGUUAUCGUUGUAUAUAUUGUUGUGAAAGUAUAUAUAAUUAUAAACAAACACCCAAUAUAGCGAAUUAUGUAAUAUGUAAAACUUGUAAUAUGGUAGCGCACGGAUCAUGUUGUUUUCCAAAUGUUCCAGAUAUAUAUUUGUUUAAUUGGAAAUGUGAUGACUGUUUAAAAUGUAAUAAAUGUGAUUAUUCAAACUUAUGUUUUAUAAAUUAUAAUGAAUGGGAAUUACAUUUAGAUUGUUGUAUAAACUGUUAUAAGGAAUAUGAAAAAAAGAAUUUCUGUAUUAUGUGUAAUGAGAAAUAUGAAGUAGAUGAUAGUAACAAAUGGGUUCAAUGUGAUGUUUGUAAAUUUUGGAUUCAUUUAAGUUGUGAUAAAAAUGAAAGUAGAAAUAUUGAAACAUUGUCCAUAAAAAGUAUUAACUAUAAAUGCCCUACAUGUAGAUCGGGAUCCUUUCAUGAUAAAAUUGAGAGAAUAUUAUACUUAUUUUUUUUAUUAGAUAAAUAUAAAAAUUUUACUUUUCAUGUACCAAUUAAUUUUUAUAUAUAUUGGAGAAUAGUUAAAAUACCUAUGAAUUUGUAUAUUAUGAAAAAGAAAAUAUGGGAAAAAAAAUAUAACUCUAUUUUGGAUUUUAUAUACGAUUUUAUUUUAAUUAUACAUAAUGCAAAAACGGUUCAUAUGCCAAAUACGUCUAUAUAUAAAAAUGCUUGUGUUUUUGAAAAAAAAGGAAAAAUAAUUGUAAAGAAUAUGUUUAAUAUGGACACGGAGGAGUUGAACAAGUGCAUUAAUGAUUGCUUAGAAAACUACAAAAGAGUUAUCAGUGAAGAUGCAAAUAUUGGCAUCCAAAAUGGCGAACAUAUUAUAAGUCACAGUGGCAAUAAUAAUAACAACAACGGUAACACAAUUACUAACAGCAACAAUAGCAGUAAUGGUAAUAUGAAUAGUACUAACUUCUACAACUAUAAUAACAGUUAUAAUAAUCCAAAGGAUGAUAUAAAUAAUGAGGGGAUCUUCACGACAGAUGAAUAUAAAUUAAUUGGACCUUAUAAUAAUACGAAGAAGGAAGAAAUUAUAGGUAAAAAUGGAGACGGUUUUAUUGAUAAGAAAAAGGUUUCUUCGCCUGAUUUUAUUCAUAUUAUUAAUAGAAAUGAUGGAGAAUGCAUGGCAAAUCAGGAAGUAGGUAGUACCACUGAGGAUAGCAAAGUAGGUAAGCACAAAAAUUGCGACAGUUACAACUCUCAAGGAACUACUAAUUAUUUAAGCAAAAAUGUGUACAAUAAUACUGCAGAUAGUAGUAAUCGAUUCUAUGAUGAAAAUAACACACAGGAUGCAUAUAACAAUGCAAAUAUCUUUCCUAAUGGUAAUAGUAGAAUACAACAAGACUAUAUAUAUAAUAAUUUUAGUAAUUCUGGUGAAAUUGUUAUUCCAGAAAGCGCUAAUAAUUUAAUGCGUUAUACUAACUUUGGUGAUGUUAAUAAUAAACAUGUUAUACAAAAGGAUAAUAAGAAUGUAAUUUUGAAUUAUGAAAACUCCUGUUUAGAUAAGCUUACUAAUAAUGAUGAUAUGUUAUAUAGUAUUAACAGUAGUAAUAAUAAAAAUAGUAUGAUGUAUAAUAGUAAUGUUUAUAGAAAGCGAAAACUAGAAAUGUUAGAGAAGGAUAUUACUCAGUAUGAACUACAUGAACUGUUCAAUUUUAAAAGUGAUUCCUUUUUUUUUCAUAAAAAUAAGGAAAUGUUUAUUUCUUUUAACAAUAAUAUAACGGAUUACAAUGUUGUUUAUAUUGACACAACUAGUAAAAUCUAUUUUAAUAGAGCAUAUAACAAAUAUGAUGAUUUUGAUACAUGUAAAAUAUUAAAGGUUCAUCUUUUAAAAAAACGUAACAAGGAAACGGCGUCUAAAGAUACAAAAUCAUUUCAGGAAGAGGGAGUGCUAAGAUUGCAUGAGAACAUCAACAAUGAAAAGGAGAAUCAUAACAGCACAGAAGAGGAGAUGAAUGAAGGUGAGAAGAAUGAGGAGAAGGAAAAGGUUGUAAUGAUCGGGAUGAACAUAAUAAACGAAGUAGAAAAGAACAAGGGAAAGACGAGUAUACACAGAGAGUCCGAUGUAAGGGGAAUGAAUAGCGAUCACAAUUUGUAUAAUAUGUCUAACCAGAACUGUAGCUCCAGCUCCAACUGUAACUCCGACUGCAAUUCGAACAUAUUUGUGAGUGACAACAUUUUCAUGAUCGAGGUUUUAAAAGAGAAAAUAAGAACGAAUAGUGUUAUAAAGGAGAAAAAAAGGAUAAUAAGUCCCAUAAAUGCUGUUUUAAAAUUUUUAAAAUGUAUUCAAAUAAUUUAUUUUGGAGAAAGCAAUAUGAGUGACCACGAUAAUGAUGUAGUAUUAUCUGCAAUAAGUAGUGAUUAUGCGAAUUACAAAAAUUAUAAAUUUGUAAGAAGUAGGAAAGCAGAAAAAAGUGAAUAUUUGAUUGAUUCUAAUUCGAGUAGCAGGAGUAAAAUGAUCAUGUCACUGGAUGAUUUUAUUCCAUUUAUUGAUAAAAUAUAUAGAGGUAAUUUGUACAAAAAGACAACUAAGAACAACAAGAAGAUAUCCAUGAUGAUGGAGAGGAGUAGUAUGACUACGACUACAACGACGAUGAAGUUGACGAAAAAGAAGGACAAUCAGUUUAUUCGUUACCAUUUUUCCUAUGACGAAGGGACAAAGGUGAAGAAAAGAAAAAAAAUCAAGAUAUAUAAAAAUGAUAUAUUAAAGGAAUGUUGCCAUAUCUGCGGAUGCAUUGAAUAUAAAGACUCCUUUUUAUUCUGCUCAGCAUGUGGAAUUGCACUUCAUUAUUCGUGUGUAAAUAUAUCGAAUCCAUUUCUAUUUAAUUUAAAUGAUUAUGAUGAACAUAAAAAAGAGAUAAAUAAAAUAUUCAAUAUUGUAACUAGAAAUUUUAAAUGUUAUAAAUGUGUCCAAUGUGAUAAAUGCAAUACCAAAUUUGAUGAUAUAAUUAAUAAUAUAUUUUAUUCCAAUAUAACAAACAUAAAUACUUGGAAUGAAAAUUUCUUUUUUGAAAAGAGAAAGUACAGUUAUUUAUAUAAAUUAACGAUAGAAUUGUUUUCCUUAAAAAGAGAAAAGAAUAAUCAGAAAAAAAAAAUGCUCAUGGAUACCAAAUUGGAAGAUAGUUUAGAAAAGGUAAAAACGGAUGAAUGUAAUAAUGAUGAAAAUGAAGAGUACAAACAGAAAUGUGAAUUCAAACAAGUUGAAGAGGAAGAGCAAGUUGUGUCGAAUAUUUUAUCUACACCUAAGUCUGAAUCAGAAUAUAUGGAUAAAGCUCAAAAAAAUAAAAAUAUUGUAGUAGAUAACAAUUGUUCCCCUUUUAAUUCUGUGAAAUACAAGGUAAAACCAGGUUCCAGUGAUAAUAGUAGUUGUAAAAACGAAGAUUUAAAUAGCACACUCAAUCCUUUAGUUUAUAGUCAGUGUACUAUGGAAAAUAAUAUAAAUGGUAAGAAAAAUGUCUAUAUUAAAAAGGAUGAGAAUGUUUUAACAAGUGUUGAAAAAUCUACAUCUGAAAAAAUUGUGAAUAAUAAUAAAAACACAUCUCAUAAGGUUGACAUAGUAGAAAAUAUUGCGCAAAAAAGUAGAAUAAAGAUAUUAAGUGUAUAUGAAGAAACAAACAACAAAAUAAUUAAAUGCUUUUGUUGUGGAAGGUCAUCACAUAAUGAAUGUUUUUAUAUAAUAGACAAUGAUAUUAAUAAUGUGUACAAACAUGAAUUGAAUACAUGUAAGAAACCGUUAAAUAGUAUGUUAAAAAAGAGCAACGUGAAAAGAAAUAAUAGUAAAAAGGUGGAAAAUUCUUGUAUAAUUGAUAAGAUUGUUGUCGAAAAAUCGACUAAAGAAUUACUUUGUCAUGUGAACACAUAUGAUAUUGUUUUACAUGAUCAUAAUAACAGUUUUGGUGAUGUUGUAAAAGAGAGUGUUUCGAAAGGUGACUUAGAUGAGAAUAAUGAGAGUGCACUGAAUAAGAACAGUGAUAAACUGUAUGUUGUUAACUGCAUCGAUAUUGAUAAUAUUACCCCAAAAGGAAAUCAUGAAGUGAGUAACAACAGGACAAAUGGUAGUAAUAUUCAUGAUGAUGGAUUGGUAUUUUUAGAGAAUAAAAUGUUGAGUAAUUGCGAAGCGCAGCAAGAUUAUAUAUCUCACAUGCCUCAUGUGGUUAAUUAUAACAGUAAUGACAAUAGUAAUGGAAAUAAGAAUAGCGAUAGGAACAGCAAUAUAUAUAUUAAAGGCAAGUUUAUCACAUAUCCUGGUAUUAAUAAUGCUGCGCAUGACGAUAUUCCCAACGACGUUAAGAAAAAUGGUGAUGAGAAUGGUAUGAAUAGCUGUUCUGUUCAGGAAGGAUAUAUAAAUUUUAGUGGAUAUAAUAGUAAUAAUGAUUUGAGUAGUUUACCAAGGAAUAACGAUAUAAUAAUAAACAAGUUAAAUCAGUUCAGAACAUAUAUGAAAGAGGUUGAUCUAUAUAUAAAUAAUAAGACGUUGAAUGAAGUUAUUCCAAAUAACGAAUUAAUACAUGAUCCAUCGUUUAAAGUAGAGCCAAUUUAUAAAAUGUGCAUGGAAAGAAGUAAAAUGUUUAAAGACGAAACUAUAGUUAUAAAUGAAAAAAUUUUAAAUAAGCGAAUUUUAAGUAAGAUAUAUGAAUUAAUAGAAAAUAAGAAAAAUGUACAAAUAAAUGACUUAUCACAUUUAUUUAACAUAGAUGGGGAUAAAUUGACUGUUCUUCUUUAUGAUAUUUUGAGUGCUUUAUAUACCUACCUUAUUGAAAAACUAAAUGAAUAUAAUCUAAGGAAAUUAAUAAGUAAACAAAAUACAGAAAGUACCCCGAAUAGUUUAUAUCCAAACUAUGGUUUAUUUGAUGAAAAUCUUAUAUCAAACAGUCGAGAUGAAAUAAAUAUUACGCAAAAUUUGCAAAAAAUACGGUCAUUUAUUACUGACAUUCUAUAUCUCAAAUUAAGUCGGAUAUCAAGCAAUAGCAAAAAUAUGAUUAAAAAAAAUAGCACCGAUGGAUUAAAUAGUGCAUAUAAUGCAGGUAAUAAUAAUAAUAAUAGUAGUAGUGGUAAUGGCAAUAGUUUUAAUGUAUACAACAAAUAUAACGAUAACAACAGCAAUAGUGACAAUACAAAAAUUAAUAAUUUCCGAAAUAUCCAUGAGAACAGUUAUAGUAGUAAGAGGAACAAUAUAGUGGUUAAGAAAAGCAGUGAAAAUGCAUUACCAUUACAUAAUCAUAACAAUAUAUAUAACAAGAAUAUAUCGAGUGAAGUAAAAGGUUGUAAUAGUUACGAAACUGAGCACUCUUUUAUUAAUUCAGAUAUUGCUAGUAACUUACAUGCGGAUGAAGAACUUGUACAAAAUGUUGACACAAUAAAUAAUAGAAAAAGUAUAAGUAAUUUCACAGAUAUAGCAAAUAAUACAAAUGAUAUAACUAAUGUUGAUUCUAGUCCCAUAAACAUCCCCAACAGAAGAAGUAAAAAUCCUUCGUUUCUGAAUAAAAGUAUGUGUAAAGUACGUUGUAAUUUUAGUGAUAAAAAUUUAAAAAAAAGUAACUCACCUAAUAAGAGUAAGUCAUCACCAUAUAUUAUUUCUAAGACCAUUUGCAACCCCGUGAAGGAAAUAAUUAACUUAGAUAAGACGAGUACAAAAAUAAUGAAUAUGAGAAAUGUAAAAAAUGUGAGCAAUAUGAAUAAAGUAAACAGUAUGAACAGUGUUAACAACAUGUUCAGUAUGAAUAACGUGAACAGUAUAAACAGUAUGAACAAUUUGUAUUUCAAUAAUAUGGGUAAUUAUUCUGAGGGCAUUUGUAAUGCGAAUGAUAUGAAUUAUAUGACCAGUAGGAAGACAGUUAGCAAGGUAAAUAACUAUAACAAUGUAAUUAUUCUAGAUAGUACUAAUAAUACAAAAAGUUUUGAUUCUGAAAGUAUGAAUAAUUUCAAUUCACAAAAUAUGAACCCAUUAGAUAAUGGUAAUAAUUUAUACAAUACAAUUAAUAUGAACACUUUGAGCAGUAGAGAUUUUAGGAAAAAUAAUUGUAAUAUUAAUGAUAUGCACAUUGUGCAGAACGUGAACAUAAUGAGUAACCGUAACAAUGUUAUAAUGAAUGUAAACAACAUAGAAGAACAAGAUCAGUUUAUGAGCUUUAGUAAUGUCAGCACUUUAGGAAAUGUCAACAAUAUGGUAAAUUUUAACAGUGCAGGGAAUUCCAGCAAUAUGAUAAAUAUAAACAAUUCAGGAAACACCAACAAUAUGGUAAAUAUGAACAUCGCAGGAAAUAUUAACAAUACGGUAAAUGUAAACUGUGCAGGGAAUGCCAGCAAUAUGAUAAAUAUAAACAAUUCAGGAAAUAUUAAAAAUAUGGUAAAUAUGAAUAAUUCAGGAAAUAUCAACAAUUUUGUAAAUAUGAAUAAUAUGAUAAGUUUGAACAUUACAGAACAUUUCAACAAUUUGGUUGGUUUGAACAGUGUGAGCAGUAGAGACUGCAUGUACAGUGAAAACCAUGUUAAUGAUAUGAACAAUGUUAAUGAAAAGAAUAACUCUAGUAACUCAAAUUACAUGGAAAAUGUUGGAAAGGUGUACAGAUACAAUGACCUGAAUAGUCGUGAUAGUAUAAACAGUAUAAGUGAUAUGAAUGAAACUAAAAAUGAAACUAGUAUAAACGACAUGAUUAAUAUGAAAUACAUAAAAAAUUUUAAUAAUAUGAAUAACCUAAAUGGUAUGAUUACAAAUAACUCUACUAACAUAUAUAUGAAUGAACCGAAUUUUCAGAACACUUCUUAUGUAGUUAAUAAAACGAAUUAUUUAAUAAAUGAAUUGUGUUUAGAUAAAAAUAUGUAUAGACCUGAAACAUAUAAUAACGAUAUGAAUUUGUAUAAAAAUAAUUAUUAUUGUUAUUAUAAUAAUAAAAUGUUAAGUCAUAAUAAUACCUUUAGUAGCAAUGAAACAACUCUUAUGAAUAUAUCUUCUGAAUAUAAUUAUAUGAGAAACGGUAGUAAUAAUAUUAUGACUGAAGUGAAUAGUUUACAUUAUGAUAGAAUAAAGAAUAAUGAAAAUAUAGACCAUACAGGAAAUGUAGCUUGUAAUAUAAGUAGAAGCAGUGGUGUAAUUUUAGCUAACGAGGAUCAUAAUAUCAUGAAUAAUAGUGCAGACGUACAAGAAGUUAAAAAAGAUGAUAGCAAUAAUAAUAGUAGCCCUUUUCCUAAUAUUCGAUAUUCGAAUGCUUUUGACGUAAAUAACCCAAAUAAAUUAUGCUAUAUAUACAAUGUUUUUAACAAAAAAGCAAAUACUAAAAAAGAACAAAUACAUACGAAAACUUUACUCAAGUCGAACAUACCGAAUUUAGACAAAUUCAUAAACAGCAGUAAGAAUAAAAAAUCGUUUUAUAGAAACUCUUAUAAUGUAAAUGCGAGUGAAAAUUUAAUGAGUAACGCUAUUAAUAACGGAACUAAUAGUGGAAUUAAUAGUAGCAUUAUUAGUAGUAAUAAUAUUAGCAAUAACAUAAGUGAUUGUAAUAUUACUGAUCGUAGGGCAUCUGUAUAUUACGAGGACAUGUCCGAAUCGAUGCAUGUAAAACCAUGGGGAGAUACUUCAUGUUUUACUCCAAAUUUUACUAAUCCAAGCAAAAACUGUAAUUAUACUACUAACAAAUUGCAUAAUGAGAACAAGUUGAAUAUAGAAGGAAUAGAGAUAACAAACACAGAAGACAUAAGGAAAGAUGCACAAACAUUUAACACGUCUGUAGAGGCUAAUAAAAAAUAUUUAUUAUACAACCACAACAAUAAUAGUAGUAGUAGUAAUAGUAAUAAGAAGAAUUAUAAGAAUAAGAAUAGUAGUAAUGACAGUGGUAAUCCAAUAAAUUUGUGCAUUAAUGAAAUGAAAGAUAAUUUACAAAAUACCCCAGUGAACAUAAAUAAUGAUGAGUUACAGACACAGUUAAAAAAUGGUAAGAAAAGAAAAGUAAAAGUUUAUUGUAAGAAUAUAUUGGUAAAAACGGAAAAUGCUUCUAAUGAUAUCAUUAAUGAGCUGAAUUUUACCAAUAAAAAUGUAGAUAAUGCAAAUAACACUACAAGUCACAGUACAGCGAAGAUUAAAAAAAAAAAGGGGGAAAAUGGUACUGAUAGAACAAAAGGAGCAAGCAGUAAUAAUGUCAAAACACGUAAAAAUGAAAAGGCAAAAGGAGGUGAACAAGAAACACAUAAAAAAUCGGGUAAUGAAACGAAAAAGAAGAAAAAGAGAGAAAAAAAUGAGCAAAGUGAAGGCAUAAAAGGGGGAGAAGAGAAGGAAAAAGAGGCGAAGGAAGAUAAAAAGGGAGUAAGAAUGGCGGGUAAAAAGGAAAGUAAAAAAGAGGUAGGUAAAAAAGACGUAAAAGAGAUGAAAGAUGAAGAAGAUGGGGUAGAAAAAAAUAAAGCAAAAAGUAUUAAAAAAAAAGAAGGAAAAGAAGGAAAAAGAGUGGAAGGGGAAAAGCAAGAACAUAAAUGCAAAAGAAAGGAUCAGAAAGGUAGAGGAGGAAAAACAGAAAAGGAAUCAAAAGGAGAGGUAAGGAAAGUAGAAAAAAGAAAAAUAAGAGAUAAAGGAAAAGAACAAGAGGAAGAUAAAAAAGAAGGUAAAGAAAAGAAAAAAACAAAAGUGAAAGAAAAAGAAAAAGUAGAAUUAGUUGAUGAAGAAGAAAGGAAAAAGAAAAAAGUAAAUAUAAAAAAAGGAACGCAAAUGAAAAUAAAAAAAGAAUUGAAUGAAAAAUAUGAAGUUGCAGAACAUAAUAUCUCUAAUAACAAGUUGAAUAAUAUAAAAGAAAAUAAUUCUGCUAUAUAUACAAGUAAAGGUAAAUUACUAUGUGGAAGCGUAUGUAAUUCGGAAAACAUUUUUAAAAAUGGAAACUACGAAUAUAAAAUGAACGUAGAUGAAAAUGACUUGUCAGGGAGUAAUGACUUGAGCUUAUAUUCCGAGUUGCUAGAAUCGCAAAAUUCUUUUGUAAAUAAAGGUAAUAAUUUAUGCAAAACAAAAAAAGAAAAUAACAGUAGAAAUAGAAACAGGACAAACAAAUUAAAUGUAUUUUUAAAGAGGAACAUGUUUCUUUUAAAAUCGAGGUUUAAGAGAGUUACUCCAAAUUUGUACUUAUGUAAUAGUUGUCUUAUAUUAUACAAGAGUGACUUCUGUUUUAACUUGUUCAUUGAAGAAAUAAAACAAUUAGAGAAAUCUGUACAUGAUAAGGAAAUUGUAGAGUCUAUAAAUAACACUACUAACAUGUGCCAAAUUAAGAAGGAAACUAAAACUGAAAAUGAAAGGUCGUGUGAAGAAAUUUGCGAAAAGGGUAGUAGCAAUAGUAGUAAUAGCAUAUGCAAUGAUAGAAAUAUAAAUCAUGAAAAUAUUGUAAUAAAUAGUUCAUGCAACAAUGAUAUAAGUAAGGUGAAUAAUAGUGAGGACAACAAAAAGUGUGCGAAUAGAGAUAAUAUGUAUUGCGAAACGAAUGAAGGCAAUAAGGAAAAUUAUGAACAUGUGCAUGUACAUGAUAACUGUUAUAAGAUAGAUAAAGCAAAAACAGGAUGUGUACAAGAAGUUGAAGAGCAAAAGGAAUCAAAAUUUGAAAUUCCUGAUAACACAGGUAAUAAGGAAAAUGUGGAUCAAUCAAAAAGUAAAGACAAAGAAAAUGUAAAGUAUUCAAUUUUGCCUUAUGAGGAGAAUGAGCACAACCAUGGUAAUAAUUACAGCAAAGAUGGUACUAGUAAUAGAAAUAUAAAUAGCGAUGAGAAUAAAAAUAAUAAUGGAAACAUCAUGGAUACAAAUGGUGGUAGUAAUGACAAAAUAACUUCUGGAGGAAACAUGUGUAAAGAUAUAUAUUUUAGCAUAAAUAAUGAAAAUAGUUUGAAUUUCCUGGAAGAGCACAUUUUUUGGAUGAAUAAAAUAUCGUCAUUCAAUAAUUUAUAUUUUAAUCGUAGUUAUUUAAAAGAAAAUAGUAAAUUCUGUAAAAAUAUAGAUUAUCUUAGCAAAGUUAGAGGCGAUCUGUUUAAGUGCUCCAUAUGUUGUAUGCUCACUAAAUGGACAGGAGAAAAAAAUGACUGUAAUAAUAAUUAUAAUAAUGGUAAUUGUAGUAAUAGUUACAAUAAUAAUUGUAGUAAUUGUAGUAGUAAUAGUUACAAUAAUAAUUGUAGUAAUUGUAGUAGUAAUUACAAUAAUAAUCGUAGUAAUUGUAGUAAUAGUUACAAUAAUAAUUGUAGUAAUUGUAGUAAUAAUGGUUGUAGUGAAGUGGUGGCUGAAGAUGACAAUUUUAACACAGUAUUUAUGUGUGACACAUGUUGCUUAAAAUAUGAUUGUGUAUCUAAAUAUGCAUCAUGUUAUUACCAAAAUUACAAGAUACGUAAAAUAAACGAAGAAAGAAAAGAGAAAAUGAAAUUAUAUGAACUGGUUUACUUCAUAAUAAGAAUAUGGUAUAAUCAUAUUUAUAGGAAAAAUUUUUUCAAAGAAAUGUGUAAUAUAUUGGAUAAAUUAGUUAAAGAACAUAAAAACAGUGUGCUUAAAUUGCUGCAACUGUUACAUUACUCCAAUGUGUUUUUUAAAUAUGAAGAGUUUUAUCAUUUUUAUUGGAAAAAAAGCAGAAAAGAUAUAACCUUUAGAAAUAAUUUUUUUUUAAAAAACAUGUACAAUAAUAAUAAUAAUAUGUCAUGUAAAUAUUCUCGAUAUGCAACUGUGAAUUACAUUUUGCAUUUGUUUUAUGUAAAUAUAUGUAAUAAUACUAGCUUUGAGGGUGGAAAAUCAUGCAAUGAAAUAUUUUCUUACCCAUAUUUUUUAGCUAGAAAAAGGAUGUUUGUGUAUUUUAAGCAAUCAAAUAAUUGUUUUGAACAGACUGUUAAUUAUUCUAUUUACCUGUUAUAUUUAUACUACAUACACAAGGUGUACUGUAAAAAUGAUAGGAUGAAAAAUAAGAAUAUGGAUAAUAAGAAUAAGGAGAAGAUGAAUAAGGAGAAGGUGAAAAAUUAUAAGGAUGAUAAGAAUAAUAAUGAUAUAAUUAAUAAUGAUAUAAUUAAUAAUGAUAUAAUUAAUAAUGAUAAAAAUAAUAAUGAUAUAAUUAAUAAUGAUAUAAUUAAUAAUGAUAUAAUAAUAAAUGAUAAUAAUAAUAAUGAUAUAAUUAAUAAUGAUAUAAUUAAUAAUGAUAAAAAUAAUAAUGAUAUAAUUAAUAAUGAUAAAAAUAAUAAUGAUAUAAUUAAUAAUGAUAUAAUUAAUAAUGAUAAAAAUAAUAAUGAUAUAAUUAAUAAUGAUAUAAUUAAUAAUGAUAAAAAUAAUAAUGAUGAUAAGAAUAGUAAUGACGUAAUUAGCAAAGGAGAAACGAACGGAAUGACUUGUAUCAUUGAGGAUGAGAACACUCGAAAAAAAGAGAGCAAAAAAAGAAGAAAGGUCCACCAAACAUUAUUUUAUAAAAUAAAAAAUACGGACAUUUUUGAAAAUAUAAUGCGUACAUUUAAUACUAGCAAACUGGAUAAUUGUCAUAUAAAUAAAAGUAAGAUAAAUAAGGAUUAUAUGAAUAAUAAUAUUAUGAACUUGUGCAGAAAUAAUAUUAUUAGUGAGAUUCCUAUAAAGGAAGAAACAUCUUAUUGUACUGAUAAAAUAGAAAUAGAAGGGGCAUCAACUCCUACUUUAUGUUACGAAGGAUGUAAUAAAUUUAUUAAUGAUCAUAUGGAGAAUAUUCAUACUGAUAAUAGUUAUUCCAAUAAUGAAAAUCAAAGGUGUUCGAAACGUUACAUUAAAAAAUUGAAAUGGGUUAUAAAAAAUAAAUUGAAUUUGUAUGUAAAAAUUAUGUUAGAGAAAUAUAUGCAAGAGGGUACAAAUGUUUCAAAAUAUCAAUAUACACAGGACAGAAGGGCGAAUAGUGAUAAUAAAAUAUGCUUCUUGUGUAAUUAUGGUAACUACCUAUACAAAGGAAGGUUAAUACCAUUUUAUGAUAUAUACAUACAUAGUGAAUGUUUGAAAUGGAGCUUAAAUUGUACGCAGUACUAUAAUAUAAAUAAAAAUAAUUGUAAACAAGAUAGUAAUAAUAAUAAUAAUAAUAAUAUUAAUAAUGGUUGUAGUAGUAGAAGUAGCAAUAGAACUAAAAGAUCAAGUAAGAAAGAUAUUAAAAAAGAACAUUUAAAAGAUAAAAAGGGUGCAAAAUCAGUUAACAGCAAAAAAAGCAAAAGGAAGUCCGCUGGAAAUGGCACCAGUUCGACUAAAAAUGAUGUAACUGGAAAAAAGGAAAUUGGUGAAUAUGACCAAAGCAGCACAAAUGUUUGUGAUGAUUUAAAUAAUGAUACGAAGAUACUCAAAAAUGAGGAGGGUACUGGGGGGAAUAACUUGAAUUGCCCCAUUCGAACAGAUACCAUUUCAUCAAAAGUAAAAUUGAACACAGAAAUGUCAAACGUAAAGAGGAGCAUAAAAAAUAUAAAAUUAACGGAUAAUUGGGAAUGGAGUGAAAAUAAGAACUUCUUUUUUAAUAAUUAUGAAAAUAUGUUUGAAAUAGAAGAAGAUGAUGUUAAAGAGUUAAUAUAUGACUCCAUUAACUCUACAUGCUUUCUUUGUGGUUAUAAAAACGCUAGUAUAUAUUGUAGCAAUGAAAAAUGUAAUGUAAAAUUUCAUAUGAAUUGUGCUUUCUAUUCAACAAUUGUAAGAAAUUGUAGUAAGAAUGCCUUUUUUCAUUAUAUGAAGUGUUUUAAUUUAAUUAAAUUUAAUAAGGACACAAUUUUUUAUGAUUUCAACUUUGCAUCUAAUAGUGAAGAAGAUAAUGAAAUUGCUGAGAAUCAUUAUAAGGACAUUUUCCCAGUCCAUAUUAUUUAUAAAAUGAAAAAGAUUUGGUGUAAUAAGUGCUGGAACGAACAAAAGGUGUACAACACAUUUUAUAAAAUAAAGCUAAAUGCACCUUCGACAAAAAAGCAGAAUAUCAGCCAAGCGAGCAAAGGGGAAACAAACAAACAAGAAGACAAACAAGUUGAAGGGGGAAAUAGCUUAAACCCAAAUGAUGAACCUGUUAUAAUUGGUUGUAAUAUGGACAAUACAAUGAACAGUUCGGAAAAAAAAAAUUAUUCUAAUGACGAAAAAAGUGAAGCAGAAAACGAUUGUGCAAAUAAACAAGUUCAAGAAAACUGCGUCCGUGUAAAAGAAAACACAUCAUAUGAAAAAAUAAACGAAAGAAAUUCUAACAAUAUAAAUAUAAAAAAUGUAGGAAAAAGUACGAAAAGUGCGAAAAGUAUUAAAAGUAUUAUUAAAAGUACGAAAAAUGUGAAAACUAUUUUUAAAUGUUUUAUUAACUUUUAUUUUGAAAAUGAGUCGUACUAUAUUAUGGACAAAGUUUUGUGCAACGUAAAUGAGUGUGUAAGGAUAAAAUAUAAAGAGAAGCCAUUAAAGGGGUUACAAGAUAUACUAAAUAAAGAAAAUAAAAUAGAAUUUAAAAUGAAGGAAUUAGAAAAUAUUAUAAACAUGUAUAUAAAUAAGAAGGAUGAUAAAAAUUUUUUUAAUGAUAAAUAUCGUUUAAUAUUUGAACCAAAUACCCAAUGUAGUAAUGACAACACGAUAUCCAAUGAACCACAAACAAAGGGAAAUGCAAAUGCAAAUGCAAAGAUGAAUACAAAUACGAAUGCAAACGCAAAUAUGAAUGCAAGUGCCAAUGCAUACGCAAAUGCAAAUACAAAUGCAAAUACAAAUGCUAAUACCAAUACCAGUACCAAUAUUUACAAUAUUGACAUGCAAAACUUGAUCGACAAUAAACAUUUGGAAAAUAUCGUAAAGGCGUAUUUUAUACUUCAGAAUUUUUUAUACAUAGGCAAGGAAAUAACAUUAAAAAAUGAAGAAUUUUUAUUUUUAAAAAAAAGUGAAAAUUCCUUCGCAAAGUAUAUAUAUGAGAAUAAACAAACGUGCAAUAUGUAUUUAUCAAACGUAAUCAGCAGUACUAAAGGUAAUUUCACUUAUUCAAAAAGGGAGUUAUAUUGGAUGGGAAAAAAUUAUGAACAGGAAGAGGAAGAAGAAGAUAAGGCGGAAGAAAAACAAGAACAAGAACAACAAGAGGAGCAGCAUCAACAACAACAACAAGACGAUGUAACAAAUGAAGCAGACGCAACAAAUAUGAUUUCCAUCAGCUUAAAUGAAAAUAGUACAACGGUUGAGGACAAAGAAAAGUUGAAUAAUGAAUUAAAAAAAAAAAAUUGCUACACAACAUUUAUUGAGGACGACACCGAAUCAGAUAAGGAAUCCUCUGAUCGUAAUAAUAAUAUUAAUAUCAAUAUUAGUAAUAGUAGGGUUAAUAUUAACAAAAAUAUCAUUAGCAGCAACAGUGAACUCGAAAUGAUGAUGCAGGAAUGGAAUUUAAGUAGUUGUUCGAGUAAAGAGAGAAAAGAUGAACCAAUGAAAAGCAUAAAUGUUUAUUUCAAAUUAACAGAUAUUUACAAGAAGGUAAAUAUAACUAAGUUACAACAUGUUUCUAAAUGUGAUGAUUCAAAUGAGCAAAAUAAAGUAUAUCAGAAUUGGGAUGAAAAAAAGAAAAAUAAGGAAAAAAAAAAAAUAGCAACCUCCAAAUGUAACUUUUCUACGAAUUCCAAGAAAAGAGGAUAUACACCAUAUAUAAAUAGUGCAAAUAAUGAUAUGACAAAUAAAAGAGAAUAUUUUUUAAAUAUUUUAAUAAAUAAUAAUAAUAACGAUGUGUAUAUGAAACGAAUAAAUGAUAAAUAUUUUUCAAAUUAUAAAUAUAAUAUUGGUAAUAAUACCUAUUUCUCAAAAUGUAAAUUUAUUAAAAUUGGGAGUCAUAAUAUUUUAAAUAUUGGAGAAAUAAUAAAAUAUGAAGGGGACAAAAUGAUUUACCCAUGUGGAUUUUUAAAUAUGAGAUUAUUUUUCAAUUUACCAUCUUCUUAUUUAUUUCAUAUAUAUAAAAAUGCAAAAAUUAAUGAAUUACACAUACAAAAUAAAGUAUUACAGAAAAUAUUUUUACAAAUCAGAGCUGCAUACAUAUUUUCAAUUACAUUAAAAAAUGAAAAAUUUUUUUUUUCUAUCAUUUUAUGUCCUUUAAUAAAUAUUAAUUACUUUUCAGAAGUCGAUUCAAAGAAAUUUGUCUUAGCAGAAAGUCAUGAUAUUAAUGAAGUAUAUAAUAAAUUCUUAUCCCUUUUUAAUACUAAAAAUAAUAUAUAUAUUACUGAUGAAUAUAAAAAAUGUACUAUGAAAUAUACCCAUUUGUAUGAUUAUUUGGGAAAUUAUAUUUAUAAGUCUGCUGAACAUAACAAGUUAGUUGAUGCACACGACUUCUUCGGUUUAACACUACCUUGUGUUAUGUACCAAAUUAAAUAUAAGCUCUUCAAAUUUAUGUGGAAGAAUCUGAACCAUAGGAUUUCGGAAUAUUCUAAAAGAGCAAGCGAUCGGGAGGGCGUUAGAAAAAGGGCAAAAAAUUGUACGAGGGAAGUAAUAUAUAAUGAUAAUUUGCUAUGUAAGUAUUCAAACCUGGACACAUCAAUUUUUAAAGAAAACGACUUGGAAAAGGAGAAGAACGCGCGAAAGACGGUUAAGUACAAAUACAACAUUAACAGUGCAAUGUCCUACCGCUACUUAAUGAACAUAUCUUCGAAUUCGCGUCUGUAUGUGAAAAAAAGUAGUAUUCAUGGAUACGGACUAUACACUUGUGAAUUUAUUAAUGAAGGAGAGCCGGUCAUUGAAUAUAUUGGUGAGUAUAUACGAAAUAUAAUAAGUGACAAGAGGGAAAAGUAUUAUGACAAAAUUGAAAGUAGUUGUUAUAUGUUUAGACUAAACGAAAAUAUAAUUAUAGAUGCAACCAAAUGGGGAAAUGUUAGCAGAUUCAUUAACCACAGCUGCGAGCCUAAUUGUUUCUGUAAAAUAGUAAGCUGCGACCAAAAUUUAAAGCAUAUUGUUAUCUUUGCGAAGAGGGAUAUUGAAGCACAUGAAGAGAUAACAUAUGAUUACCAAUUUGGUGUUGAAUCAGAAGGAAAAAAAUUAAUUUGCUUGUGUGGCUCAAGUACCUGCCUAGGAAGAAUGAAUUAA